AUGGGGGACGGUAGUAGCGACUCGGAUGUGCCUUUGAAGAAGAGGAAGAUGAAGAGCGAGUUGCAGAGGGACGGAGAGGAAGAUUCUGAAGAUGCCAUGCCGCUGAAGAGAAGAAGAACCAUUGCGAAGAAACCUCGCCCGGCGAAGAAGCUUGAAGAGGAAUCGCCAAGUGAAGAUGACAGCGAUGACAGUGACCACGAGGAGAAGCCAGCGAAGAAGAAGUCACGAAGCAAGCCUGCGAAACCGCCAGCCACGAAGAAAGCAGCAGCAGGGAAGGGACCGUCUUCGGCGGCGCGACCCAAAGCAAAAAGAAAAGCCCCCAAAUCGCCUUCAGCGGAAACGAAGAGCCGCAGUCGUGCAGGCGCAGCGGGAGCAAAAGCGAGCCGUACGGGACGUGGGGCAAGAACGAAGAAAGAUAAGGAAGAGGGAGAGGAAGAGGAAGAUAUCCCGAAUGAUGCGCGAAAAUACUUCAAAGAAGGGCAGAAACACAUCACUCCACCAAAUGGCGAAGGGACGCGCGCAUUCUACGAGAGCCUGUAUGAGGAGAACCCGAACAGUUUGAUCGCUUUAAGAUACGUGAUCGAGUACGGCGUCCUGACGGGGACAAAGCUACAUGAAUCCCUCCCGAAAUACGCUUUGCUGCGGGAGCUAGGAGCCUUCAGAGGCACAGGCGGAGGCGUCCAGCCUGACUUUAAGGAUGGACUCAACGAGCAACAACACAAGGCGGCUCGCAAGGCUCUCGAGGCCAAAGGGUGGGCAGGACUCAAAAAGAAAUAG